AUGGAUGAGAAUGAGCAGAGAGUGAGAGGAGGAGGAGGCGGAGGAGGCGCUCGGAGUGCAGGAGAGUCCGAGCUCAGAGCUCCGUCUCCGGGACACGCGCCUCCUCCGUAUCCUCAUCCUCAGCCACCGCCGCCUCCUCACCGCCUCACCAACUUUUUCAUCGACAACAUCCUGCGCCCGGAUUUCGGACGCAAAAAGCCGGAGGAAGGUGUGUUGAGGAGGAGUGAGAGCAGCCCGGGGGCCCCGGGACAGGGUGCACAGGUGGGACAGGUGUCCACAGAGAGCACGUCCACCGGGAAGAAAGCCGACACGCGUGUGGCAGACCACGAGACGCUCAAAGUGCAAGGAGAAAGCAAGGAGCAGUGCCUGAGCUCGGAGCCGGAGCUUUCUCAGCCCAACCCGUCCACUCGAACCCAGAACCAGCCCAUGCUGUGGCCCGCCUGGGUUUACUGCACGCGCUACUCGGACAGACCCUCAGCAGGUCCCCGAACCCGCAGACCAAAGAAGAAGAGCAGCAGCAAGGAGGACAAGCGGCCACGCACCGCCUUCACGGCCGAGCAGCUGCAGCGUCUGAAGGCGGAGUUCCAGUCGAACCGCUACCUGACAGAGCAGCGGCGGCAGAGCCUGGCUAACGAGCUGGGCCUUAACGAGUCGCAGAUCAAAAUCUGGUUCCAGAACAAGAGGGCCAAAAUCAAGAAGGCUUCCGGAAUCAAGAACACGCUAGCGCUGCACCUGAUGGCCCAAGGCCUGUAUAACCACGCUACCACCACCAAGGACGACAAAUCAGACAGCGACUGA